AUGACAGGACUAUAUGGUCAUGCUGUACAAGCGCUAACGCUGCUUCUUUUACUGUCCUUCCGAGUUCUAGGUGCACCGUCUCAGCUUUUGGAACGUGCGUUUGGACGUACAAUUGCGCCCAAUGGAUGUCUUGUGGUCAGGAAAGCGACUACCGCCUCAGGCGAGUACUCCACGAUUGAAUCUGCGCUCGCUGCUGUCAAAACAUCUGGCUGUAUCUUCAUCUACGGCGGAACAUAUGAAGAGCAUCUGUCGACCAGGACUAGUGGGUUAAAGAUUUACGGAUACACUAUUAACAUUGCAGACUACAAGUCGAACACUGUCACCAUUACGAACAAGCUUGGCUCGUAUGAUGCUGGCAGUUUAGAUGCUAGCUCCACGUUGAACGUCAGGAGUGCUGACUUCGGUCUAUAUAAUGUAAAUGUUGAAAACAGCUAUGGGACGGCCGGUCAGGGCUACUAUGGCUGCUCCUUCAAAAGCUUUCAGGACACUCUCUACGCCAAGUCUGGCUACCAGUACUACUCCAACUGCUAUAUCGAAGGCGCUGUAGACUAUAUUUUCGGCGACGCAGCUGCGUGGUUUGGAGAGUGUACCAUUGCUUCCAGUAGGGGUGGCUACGUAACUGCCAGUUCUCGCAGCUUCGAGAACGAUACAGCAUGGUACGUUGUUGAUCACAGCACGGUCACCGCAGCUCCUGGUGCCAAUGUUAAAGGGGGUGUUUUCUUGGGUCGGCCGUGGAGACCGCUUGCUCGGGUUAUCUAUCAGUACUCCACACUGACCGAUGUCGUCCACCCUUCUGGUUACGCCCCAAUGGCGGACGGCGCCACCCCUGUGUUUAUGGAGUUCCAAAACACCGGAGCGGGCGCUGAAACUUCCAAACGAUUGUACUUUACAGCCGCUAACACUGCUGUUUCUAAAGCACGACUUUGGCCGGACAAUGAUGGUUGGUAUGACAAGUCUUACUAG